AUACUCACAAUUGCGUUUGGUCGGACAAGGGGAAAAGUCGUAAAAGAAAUUUUAUCCACACAAACUAAAUUUCCCUGACCGAAUAACAACAAUCAGCAUAUGUACAGGGGCGCAGGAGCUGACAAGAACUAGUGGAUAUAGCAAAGAUCAAGGAAGGAUAAGUCAACUACCCCGUAUAGCCUCCAGUGGGCGGUAAAUUGAAGGCGCAGCUGCUGGUGGGUGGUGCUCUUAUCGGCCUGCGAAUUUUCCCAUGCCCCCUGCGAUAAGAACCAGGUGGAUCUGCCCAUCCAGUUGGUCAACAUGGGCUGCAUUACGAGCACCAGCAAGCUGAACGAGCUGCGCGGCCAUGAGAAUGUGUUCCGGGUGCGAGUGGCCCAUCUGCAGCCAACGCCGGGCACGCCCAUUAUCCGCAGUGGCUACCUGGAGCUAACGCCACGGGAAUUGAUCUUUCAGACGCCCGGAUGUGAACCAAUCGUAUGGGCCCUGCAACAUCUGCGGCGAUAUGGCCUAAAUGCCGAUCUCUUCUCCUUCGAGGCUGGACGCCGGUGCAUGUCCGGACCGGGCAUCUACACGUUCCGGGUGCACAACGCCGAGCAACUGUAUCCGAUGUUCCAGCGCUAUAUCAAUGCGGUCAAUACGGAUGCUUUUGCGCAGGGUGAACGGGAAAGGGUGAAUUCUGCCCACUCGGUUUCAGUGAACACGGGCAGAACUGAGGGCAAUAACUACCUGGAACCAGCUCCGUUGAUGAGCCGCCAGCUUGGCAACUUUCAGUGUGAGCCAUCGAGCGCCAAUGCUUUGCAUUCACUGCAGUCCAAUGACUCGCAGGUCGAAGACUGUCCGCCCAACUUGCAAUCACCUCUUCUGAUACCCAGUGCCUAUUUGGAUCAGCCAUUGCGGGCUCUGCAGGAUUGCUGUGUUGACGGCAACUCUACGGAUCUGCUGGCCACUCCUCCUUCUGGCAAUCGGUUAAGCACGCGGAGGCGCACUUUGGACUUGCCCCCUCUGGAAUCUGCCCCAGCUCCAACUCCGGUUUUGAGUCCUAACGAUGCAGUACACAUGUACGCCAAUGUGGAGGCGCUGAUCUUCGAUCUGAGCAAUGAGCGGUGCUACGAGAACGUUAAUCGGUUGGAUCUGCUGCCGAGAGAACCUAUUGUCAGCCAGGAACCGGCCACACCCACAAGCCUAGCAGGCAGUAGCGGCGUUAACUAUAUAGUUCUGGAUCUAGAUCAGCCACGAAGUCCGGUCGGUGCAGCGGGAUCGCCCAAAACGGUGAAUGGUUUCGGUAGCGGUUUGUCCCUGGUCUCCACCCCAGCACAUUUAACCGCUCCAGUUACUCCAGAAACAGGAACAGCGCUGGAUGUUCCCCCACCAACCAUUCAGAACCAAAGCCUAAACAGUGUUACUGCUGAAGCGGGAGAAACGCCCGCCAACAAGGCAUCGGAGUGUUCCGGAACCCAGGGCUAUUCCACAAUCGAUUUCAUUCGCACCUAUGCGCUGAACAAGUCUUCGACAGAACUGCCGGAACAGGUCACACAUCGCCAGCAUCCGGCGCACGAUGCCGAGGAGCUGAGGAUCACGCGGCACAGCAAAUGUAUACGGAAAGCCUAUUCGAUAAGUGAGUGAGAAGGCGGAGGUGGAAUUCAAAUAAGUGGAAACCCAGUGCACAACGAAUUUAUAGAGAGCGCCAGGAAAGCAGUUCGCUGGCGAAAAAGCCAAGUUGAGGAGGCAAGCCAAAAAGGAAGAUACCUGGUAAUUGAAAAGGAAUCCAAAUCAUCAUAGGUCCCUAUUAAACCUAGCAAUACAGCAGGUAUUAGAACGGAAAAUUCAAGUAACUCAAGCGGAUUGUACUUAAAUGAUUGUUGGUCACUUAAGAGGUAUAUUUACCACAACUGGGAUCAAAAAGGAUUUUAUUGAAGGAAUUGUUGAUACCAUACAUCUCGGAAAUUCAAUCUACCUUUUAAUUGUUGGAUCCGACAUUUUGGCUUUAUUUCAUGCCAAACAAGUUCUCAAUUUUUUUUAAUUGCUGGCAUCACAGAAAAAUGUACGAGAAGCUGGUUCUUCUGUUUUAAAAAAUUACUUUUUAAUUAAUUCUGAGAACAGUUUAAACUUUUAAGAAAAGGAAAAUUAGUGAGAAUGCGGCAUUGGUUAAAUGAAAUUAAAUAGCUCUCUCGGCUUAAUGAACUUUUAAAUCAUUAAGGAGGUUCUGGAAUAAGAUGAUGCACAACGAAUUUACUGCAAUCGAUGACUAGGAAGGAUGUGGCAGGUGAUUGUGGUAAAGUGGAAAUUGAAGAGUGAUUUGUCCAAAGAUUUGUUUGCUUCUCCAUGGGCCAAAACAUUGAUGCAAACAAAUAACAAUAUUAUAGCCAGGUUGUUUUAGUAGUCAGUACAGUAAACUUACACAGCCAAAAACACAUAGACAUGAAUUGCAUACGUACUUAACUGUAUUUAAGGAUAGUGGCAUAGCGUUACUUAGUGAUUAGAUGAUUUGUGUACUUGCCAGCGGCUGUUUAGAGCUAGUCAUUUUUGAUUUUGUGCAUACAU